GUCUGACAGUAUAACCUAAUGUGUUUUGGAAAAUGAAACCACAUUUUACUGAUUGAAAAAAAAGAAGACGGAAUAAAAUAAGCUGCAGGCUAGCCAACUAGCUACUACACCUUGGACAAUCAGGUUCUUAUAAGCGUCAAGCCACAGACGCAGUGAAUGUCAAUUCAGCAGCAGCUGAGAUCAGAGGUGGAUCUAAUUUGGAAUGGAGGCAGUAUAGGUAAUCCUGUGAUGGGGAUGCCGGUGUAGAUCACGCCAUGGCCCAUUUUGACACAGAGUACCAACGCCUGGAGGCGUCCUACAAUGACUCUCCACCAGGAGAGGAGAAUCUGCUGGUCCAUGUUCCAGAGGGAUUGAAAUCUCAAUGGCACCAUAUAGAGAACCUGGACCUCUUCUUUCAGAGAGUUUAUAAUUUGCACCAGAAGAAUGGCUUCACGUGUAUGCUGCUGGGAGAGAUAUUUGAACUUGUGCAAUUGGUGUUUGUUGUUGCUUUUACUGUGUUUCUGGCAAACUGUGUGGACUAUGAUAUCCUCUUUGCCAACAAAAUGGUGAACCAUACAGACUCUUCCAAAGUGACUCUUCCAGAUGCAUUUCUGCCAGUAGAUGUGUGCAGUUCCAGGAUCCGUGACAAUGUUUUGGGCAUUUGCAUUAUGGUGAUCUCGGGAGUCUUCUGGCUUCAUAGGCUCAUCAAAUUUAUCUAUAAUAUUUGCUGCUACUGGGAGAUCCGCUCAUUCUACACAAAUGCACUGAAGAUGUCGAUGGCGGACUUGCCGUAUUUCACCUGGCAGGAGGUCCAGGCGCGCAUCGUGGAGAUCCAGAAGGAGCACCAGAUCUGCAUCCACAAGAAGGAGCUGACAGAGCUGGACAUCUACCACCGCAUUCUGCGCUUCAAGAACUACAUGGUGGCCAUGGUCAACAAGUCCCUGCUCCCUGUGCGUUUCCGUCUGCCCAUGCUGGGUGACGCGGUCUUCUACACCCGCGGGCUCAAGUACAACUUCGAGCUCAUCUUCUUCUGGGGCCCCGGGUCCCUGUUCGAGAACGAGUGGAGCCUGAAGCCGGAGUACAAGCGCGGCGGGAACCGGCAGGAGCUGGCCGACAAGCUGAGCUCACGCAUCCUCUGGAUCGGAGUGGCCAACCUCCUGCUGUGCCCCGUGGUCCUCAUCUGGCAGAUCCUGUACGCCUUCUUCAGCUACACGGAGGUGAUCAAGCGGGAGCCGGGCAGCCUGGGCGCGCGGUGCUGGUCGCUGUACGGCCGGUGCUACCUGCGCCACUUCAACGAGCUCGACCAUGAGCUGAUGUCACGCCUCAGCAAGGGCUACAAGGCCUCGUCCAAGUACAUGAACUGCUUCAUGUCGCCCCUGUGCACGGUGGUGGCCAAGAACGUGGCCUUCUUCGCCGGCUCCAUCCUGGCCGUGCUCAUCGCCCUCACCAUCUACGACGAGGACGUGCUGGCUGUGGAGCACGUGCUCACCAGCAUCACCCUGCUGGGCGUCUGCAUCACCGUCUGCAGGUCCUUCAUCCCGGACAAACACCUGGUGUUCUGCCCAGAGCAGCUGCUGAAGGGGAUCCUGGCACAUAUACACUACAUGCCUGACCACUGGCAGGGCAAUGCCCACCGCUAUGAGACCCGCGAUGAGUUCUCCCAACUCUUUCAGUAUAAAGCAGUGUUCAUCCUGGAGGAGCUGCUCAGUCCCAUGAUCACGCCCUUCAUCCUCAUCUUCUGCCUCCGCCGCAAGUCGCUGGAGAUCAUCGACUUCUUCCGCAACUUCACCGUGGAGGUGGUGGGGGUGGGAGACACCUGCUCAUUCGCCCAGAUGGAUGUCCGUCAGCACGGACACCCCGCGUGGAUGUCAGCGGGGAAGACGGAGGCCUCCAUCUACCAGCAGGCCGAGGACGGGAAGACGGAGCUGUCACUCAUGCACUUCGCCAUCACCAACCCCCAGUGGCAGCCGCCGCGCGAGAGCACGCACUUCAUCAGCCAGCUGAAGGAGAAGGUGCAGCGCGAGGCCACCGGGGGGCAGCAGGGAGUCCUCAGCGAAAACCACAUCUUCACCUCCAUCCAGUCCAUGCAGUCAGAGUCCGAGCCUCGCAGUCUCAUUGCUAACCUCCUGGUGGGACCUCCAUCCCUGGCAUCGCUGCAUUUGGGGAGGGACAGCUCGAUAACCAAUCACGCAUCAGGCGUGGGCGCAAGUGACGGCUCCCUGGCGAAUCACGCGUCAGGAGUGGGCGGGAGCGACGGGGCUUCAGCGCUGCGAUCCCUCUCCCCUCUCAGCACCAGCCAGCACCUCCGUGGCAGCUUCACCUCCAGCCGCCCGUCACACAACGACUCCGCCGGGGGCAGGGCCAUGGCAGGGUCAGGCACCGAUGCCCGCACAGCGAGCUCUGGCAGCAGCGCGUGGGAGGGUCAGCUGACGAGCUUGGUCCUGUCAGAAUACGCUUCAACGGAAAUGAGCAUCCACGCCCUCUACAUGCACGAGCUCCACAAGCAGCAGUCCAGAGGCGAGCUGUCCCGUCACACGUGGCACAGAGAGGACAGCGACGAGAGCAGCGAGAGUGUUCCGGAAGACGCCGAGGCUCCCCGCAGCCUCCCCCGCUCCAACACCUUCCCCAGCGCCGCCUCAGCUCAGCAGGAGGGGGCGCCGCUGCAGAGCAGCGCCCAGCGCCACUACGGGGGAACCAUAGAUUCACUCGGUGGGGGGUCUAGGACUGCCCCGAGACUGUCCCGGCUCCCCAUGGGUGGCUGGGCAGAGGAGGCCCAGGCAGGGAGGCAACAUGACCCAGUCCCAGAAGAGGGCUCUGAGGACGAGCUCCCACCACACAUCCACAAGGUCACAUAACUGACAAAUAGGAACUUAUGCCAUCUAAUAUUUAAGUAAAAAGGGAUUCACUGCUACCUUCCACAGACAAACAUUCCCCAUUUUAAAACUCAAACUCAUUUGAAACAAUGCUUGUACAAAACCCAGGAAAUCUUACGUGUGCUGUUGGCAUUGUUUCUCCCAUCUCAUCAGACAUUGGAAAAUCCUUAUUUUUCAUCAUACUGGAGAAGCAGGCUGUACAUGUACUGUACUGACAAAUGGACGCUGCUCUCUGUAACUCAAGACAUACAGCCUGACUUCAGUGCCAAACAAGAUAAAUACAAUUCAAGGUGAAUACAGUGCUCUUCUUUCUAAGCAUUUCCCAAAACUACAGUCACACAUAAUGGAAACUAAAGGAAAAGGAAUUCAUAAUUUUGCACUCAAACCUUAACUGCUAAGGAGGGUGGAUUUGUAUAGUCCACAAAUAAUUAACACUGUGUCACAGUGAAUAGUCAUCUCAUACAGGCUGAUCACAUGACUAUGUGUCUCUUCUGCUUACAAUGGACUGUAUCUGUCAUGUGACCGGACCACUAAAACCCAUCAAAUAAUGCAUACAGAGGUUUUUUUUUUUUUUUUUUAAAUAAUGCUUAUCCAAGAAAUGCUAAACCAGGCCCAGGUUAAUAUUGAUUGCACUCCGUACUUAAUCCAUGAAAUGAGAGUAACAAAUUAUACAAACUUUUAAGAUGCAAAACCUUUUAAAUAUUUGUGCCAUGUGAUGAAUUGGGUGGUUGCUGAAAGAUUAUGUUUAGGAAUAGACAGAAUGUACACUGCCACCCGUAAGUAUUUGGACAGUGGUGCAAUUUCUGUUCUUUUGACUCUGUACUCCCAAAACAUUAGAUUUAAAAUGAAACAAUGGAUAUGAGGUGAAUAUUAAAGUGCGGAUUGUCAGCUUUAAUUAGAGGGUAUUACAUCAACGUUGGGUGAUCCGUGUAGAAACGGCAUCCCUUUUAUACAUAGUCCCCCCAUUUUAGGGGAUCAAAAGUAAUUGGACAGUUCGCUUCUCUGCUGUUUAUGAUUAGUCAGGUGUAUUCAAUAAUUUCCUUAAUGUGGGUAUAAGAAAGCUUUGAUUUUCUAGUCUUGAUUCUAUGGUUGUGAAUAGAUAUGAAUACCUUCAAAUUAAAGGUGACAGUCUGCACUUUUAAGUCCAUAUUCUUUGUUUCAUUUCAAAUCCAAAUGGAGUACAAAGCCAAAGCACUGGGGUUAGAGUGAGUUAGCUACUGUGUAUGUCCUACCAGUCUGUGAAGAGGAACAUCAGAGAAAGGUGUAAAUCAUACAGCUGAACUUUGUCUCCGUCAUCCAUACUCCAUCCAAAUUCAUGCGCUCUGUUCCCAUUGUAAUAAUACAUAUUGCAUUCUAUCUUGAAAUUCACAAACAUUUGUUGUCAACAAGGUAGCAGGGAAAAAAGAGAACAUGCAAAUAAAAAAACUAACAAUCCUGUUCAUUAAAGAAUGCAAAAUAAUAGUUCUUAUUAUUUUAUUGUUAGCAUGGAGAGUUCAUGUUUCUAAUUCAGCGGCUUUGGAAACAGUAUAUUAUUGCUAUUAUAGCAGGCUGGCACUCUGGCUUUUUAUAGUAAGGGAAUCACAAUAGCACUUUAUUGCACCUGGAAUUGUUUUGAUAGCUUGUUUUCUCAUUAAGAACAAAAUCGUUUUAAUAAUAGCGAACCCUUCUGGUAAUGACAGCUCAGACCCACAUUUGGAAAAGAAUGGUUCAGGUGUACCUAUGACACAAUAUUUUGGUUUAUGUAAUAAAAACUUCACCCUUCUCCUUUACAUUUAUCUUAUUUGGCAAAGAGCACUGAUUUCAACAUGUAUAACAGUGCCAUAUUAAGCUAGCAACACUAUAAUAUGGCCUUUGGCAUUCUGCAGCGGAUUUAUGGUGAAGGGCACACUAGCUUGGGUUGUGAGCCAGUAAGACCCCGUAAAACAUCCCAGCAAAAUGCUAGUAAAGUAAACCUUCUGCACUUAAUAAGCAUGUUCCUGUCUAUCUUACUGUUUGCACAUCGUUAAAAGAAUGCACUUUACAUCAUUUUUAAUAUCCAAAGGAUAUCUAUUAUGAAUGAUCUUUGGUUGUUUAAUUCUAAACCUUUUUGUGUAGUUUGGUUAGGACAUUUUAAUAACUUUUGUACCAAGGGGUGCAUCAUAUUUGAGAUUUUGUAAUAGAAUUGGGUUAGGAGUAUAACGGUCUUGUAUUUAGUGGGGUAGUAAGAUAAAAGCACAGAAGAGAAUGUACUUCGGAAUGUAAAGGUUUAACAUCCAUCGUUUCAGCUUACACAAACUGUCGUUUUAUGGUGCAGUUUGCUUUGAUGCAAAUGUAAUGUUGAUUGCCUUUCUUUUUUCAUUGCAAUGUCCUCUCUCUACUAAUCAUGGGAAAGUUUGUAAGUAAAGAUAAAAACAUGCUUCAUAUAAAUUGGUAUGUUUUACAUAAUUCAGUGCAAAAAAUGUUUGAGAAGCUUUCGCAAGGUGGUCGUGGGCCAACUCUCGUUAGCUCAAAUAAAGUUUGACGAGUGUAUAGGGAUCAAGUGAUGUGUUGUUGUAAUGCGAGCUAGGUAGGUGAAACUGCUCUUCGUGGAGCUGUUUGAAACAAUGUUCAGUACUGCAAAGAUGAAUUCCAUAUGUACAGUCCAGUUUCUCACAGGCAUAUCUUGUGCCAAACUCAACUUCUCUGUGUAUAGUGUAGGAUGAUGCCCAGAUACAUGCAUGCCCUGUCUCCUUCAGCCUGCAGCGAUAGGACAUGCUCACACACCGCAUACCUGAGCAUCCCAAAGCAUAAUCUUCAUGGUUUGUGUGUGUCUCAGUAGAACUGUGCAGAAUAUGUUCCGUUGUUUUUGUUUUAUAGACUGAAGUUCUGUAUCAUAUAUUUUGUACAGUUGUAAAUCCAUUAAUAAAAUGUAUUUAAUAAGUUA